CAGCCCCCAGAAAAGUUCUCACACAGAAGAAAAGACCAGAAAGCAGUCAUAGAAACAAAGAGGGACGCGGUCGGCAGCAGCUCUACUGAUGUUAAUCCAGGAGUAAAACAAGACAUGUAUUCUGUAGGCAGGUGGCUCCUGCUUACAGGCUUCAUACUCUUUUAUAUCAUCUAUCUUCUGUUCGGAGCUCUGGUUUUCUCCAGCAUCGAGCGGCCGGUGGAGGACAAGCUGCGACAAGACAUGGAAGCCCUGAAGCAGGAGUUUCUGAACCAGAGCUGCGUCGACGCCGCGUCCCUCGAACUUUUUCUCGUCAAAGUGCUGACGGCAAACAAGUACGGCGUCUUCGUCCUCAGGAACUCCUCCGUUUCUUCAAACUGGGACCUGGCAUCCUCCAUGUUCUUCGCCAACACUUUGGUCACCACAGUCGGUUAUGGUCACGCUACUCCUCUGUCUGACGCUGGAAAAGCUUUCUCCAUCAUCUACGCUCUAAUAGGAGUCCCCUUCACCAUGCUGGUGCUCAACGCCUGCGUCCAGAGGCUCAUGUACCCGCUGGUCCUCGCACCCGUCUGCCUCCUGCAGCGUUCGGGCAUGGAGCCUCGUCCGGCCACAUUUGUCCACUUCCUGUUGCUGCUGGUUGUUGUGGUGUUGUGCUUCUUUGUGGCACCGGCUGCUGUGUUCAGCUCACUGGAGAAGUCCUGGUCGUUCUUUGACGGUAUCUACUUCAGUUUCAUCUCGCUGUGCACCAUCGGACUGGGGGAUUUUGUUCCGGGGAUGCAGCCUGGGCAGAAGUACAGGCCACUGUACCAGGUCUCUGUCAUGGUCUACCUGUUUGUUGGUCUGAUGAUGAUGUACCUCCUGCUGCGCACCUUCCACAAAAUGGCGGACCUCCACGGCCUGACCACUGUCCUGCAGCUGCCACGCUGUGAGGAGACCGAUGAAGACAGGGAGCCCAUCGUGGAGAACGAAGAUGAAGCUCAGACGCGCCCUUACCUGACAGAAAUAGAGUCCAGCAAGCCCCUGGAGCCGGGAUCUCAGCCCUCAUACAACAGCAUCAACAAAGGCUGAGCUGUGAGGGGUCAGAGAAAUAAAAAAGAAGCUCUACCUCUGGCGACCCCUUGGUCUUGAACCAGUGAUAAACACCCACACUGGUCGGCUGAAUCUGAAUUGUAGUCUUAAUUUUUAUCAUUUUGUCUGUUUCCUUGUUAAAAACAUCCAGAGGAGAGAACCUAAUAGUAAUAAUGAGGAAUUGAGGUGAGUUUUAAGAUUCAGCCUUUGUGACUGAGUGGUUACUACACCGCUUUCUGCACAUACGAAAGGACUAUCUUAACUUGACUACAGCAACCUGCCUGGGCUAAAAGGCACAGAUGUUUUUCCUUCUCAACACUGCUGUAACUGUGUUGUGUUCAUCGUGCAGGCUCGGCUGGUGCGUUUACAGCCUCAGGAUAGCACAUGAAGGGCUCUGACUUUUGAUACGAUUGGUUGUUAUCAGAUCACUUUUGUCUUGCAUGUAUUUUUGUCUUCAUGACUAACAAAUAUUGUAUAUAAUUGUGCUGAAACUAAAUCUUGGUGAUGCAAUUUCAACUUUUACACCUUUAACUCCAUUUGUUUUUAUUUGGGUGCAUUGUUAAGCUCCUUCUCUUUAUAUUUAACAUAUGCAUAUUAUAGCCAAAACACCUCCAGACCAAUGACCACUCAUAUAUUGACCUCAGGCCAGGAAUGGCCUUUACUUACUUUUGCAACACUUUGAUGCAUCUUCACAAGCAUGAAGGAUCUCCAGUGAAAUGACAAGUGAAUCUGUUAAACCUUUUGAUCACAUCCUCUAAUAAAGGUCAAAUGAGGGCCUACGCUGAGCAUUUCAAACUGUGGGGGUGUUAACUAGUUAACUCUUGUUUCAGAUUUCCUGUGCGAAAGUAAUAACUUUCCUGUGUCUGGGUCUGCCUUGAAAAGUACAGUGAGCACUGCGUUUGCCUCAGGACACGGGCUGUCCUGCUUUAUGGUGCUUCCCCCUGGUGUCUACAUGUAUGUAGCACAACAUGUUACUACAUCUCCAUUACAGUAAUAUAUAGGGUCAAAGGGUUGGAGUAGAGGGACUGAUGAAAAGAAAAACAGUGUUUUCAUUGUGGUGAUUAAGGGCGUAAUUCAUUUGAAUGUAAAACCAAAUGUUAGUUGACCUGUUCUGUGUGAUUUCCACUCUGGAUUUUAUCCACCAUAGAAAUGCACUUUAAAGGUGGGGUAAGUGUUUCUGGAAAAAAAAAUCCAAUACCAUGACAAAUACCAUUUUUAUAUAGAGCAAACCACACCCCAAGUAAUGCCUACUAGGAAGUAAGCUGAAUGUCUGUGGGCAAGUCAUUUAAUGCUACCUUUCACACAAGUUAUGGCUGAAAUGGUGUGUGGCUUGGUACAAUCCACUGUAUUUCCCAUUUAGAGCCAGGGCUGAGUAUAAACACCAGAUUUUUUUUCCCAGCUGGCAAACGGGUAUUUGCCAAAAAGACAUGUUUACGCUUACCUCACCUUUUCAUGUUCAGUUUUUCUUUUACCAUUGAAGUUGUAGUCGAACAAACAGGCUAAUUAUAUCCUGAUAUUGUAAAAUUGUCAGUUUAUGUUGGUGUGUAUGUUAUUGUAGUUUAAUCAGUUUAACAUGUAUUCAUAUUAGACUACCAUAAAUUAAAAAAAAGAACCAUCUCA